AAACUCGCCCGAGCCUGCGACGGUGGAGGGCCAACUUUCGACCACGGAAGAGAAAAUUUCAGUAGCCGAAGCCUACUUGGCUCACGACCAUUGAGAUUGACCCUCACAGUCGCAGCCGUCAAGCUCCCACCUUGGCCUCUCUCAACCCCUCCGAGCUCGAACGACGUCCUUCUCUUCAAUGUCUACACGGAGGCGGGGUCGCAUUAGCUUCACUCCUCAAUGACCCUCUCUCUCAAAGCUUCAAAAGCUUUGGCCACGACCCUCCCUGCUUCGCACCCCCACUAUCUCAAGGUACGGUUGCUGUUCCCGCUCUGUUUAUCUUUCCACAGCUGCUCACCAUCGAUUUCCGACGAGCCCACGUCGGUUUCUGAAUCUCUGUACCGAGACUUGAUCUUGACUACGAUAGCAAGAAAGCCCCGGGCUUUUGCGAACAAGAAGUGGGUGUCUGAUGAGUUCCGGGAACUGGUUAUUAACCCCGGGUUGCUCGUCCGGGUCCUGAGCUCGAUUCGUGCAAAACCCAGGAUCGCUUUGCGGUUGUUUAGAUGGGUCGAGAUGCAGGACGGUUUUAUCCUGUCUGAGCACGCGUUCUGUGUGGUUCUUGAAAUUUUGGCAGAGAACAAUUUGAUGCGGUCGGCUUACUGGGUUGUGGAUAGGGCGGUGAGUCUCAACGUGGAUGAGAUUCUCGAUGUUUUGAUUGGUGGGGGAGUGCGGUUAGAGGUCUUGGGGAAGCUUCUCGAUAUUCUGCUGUGGGUGUACACCAAGAAGUCCAUGAUUGGGCAUUGUCUAUCGACCUUUGAUGAAAUGGUACGGAGAGGGAUCUUGCCGGACGUGAAGAAUUGUAAUAGGAUUCUCCGGAUUCUUAGAGAUAAGAAGCUAGUAGUUAAAGCUCGUGUAAUCUAUAGGACGAUGGAGGAGUUUGGCAUAAAGCCGACCAUUGUCACGUAUAAUACUUUGUUGGAUUCGUAUUGCAAGGAAGGUGAAAUGCAGCAGGCGCUGGAGCUCUUGGCGGAGAUGCAUAAGAGACAGUGCUUCCCGAAUGAUGUUACUUACAAUGUGUUGAUAAAUGGGUUGUCCAAGAAUGGGGAGCUAGACCAGGCCAAGGGACUGAUUGAGAAGAUGCUGAAGUUAGGAUUAGAGGUCUCGGCACACACUUAUAAUCCUUUAAUUUCUGGGUAUUGCAGUAAGGGAUUGCUUGUUGAGGCUCUAGGUAUUGAGGAGGAGAUGGAAGUUAGAGGGGCAUCUCCUACUGUGGCAACUUACAAUGCCAUGAUGUAUGGCCUCUGUAAAUGGGGGAAGAUGGUUGAUGCUAGACAACAACUCGCAGCGAUGGUCAAGAGGAAUUUGCAUCCGGACGUGGUUUCUUACAACACUCUUAUCUACGGCUAUUGUAGAUUGGGCAAUAUGAAAGAGGCCUUGCUCUUGUUUGAGAAGCUACAAUAUCAUGAUGCUGUUCCUACUACAAUCACUUACAAUAUCCUUAUAGAUGGCGCUUGCAGGAACGGCGACUUGGAGUUUGCUCAACACUUGAAAGAUGAGAUGAUUAAUCGAGGGAUUCCUCCUGAUGUUUAUACUUACACCAUCCUGGCUAAUGCAUCGUGUAAGUUGGGUGAUUUAUGUUUGGCCGAAAGCUUCUUCAGUGAAAUGUUGCGCAAAGGAUUGGAGCCUGAUCGUGUCUCGUACUCAACUCGUAUAGUUAGUCAGCUCAAGCUAGGUGAUUGUGGUAUGGCAGUUGGCCUGCAAGAAGAAAUGCUGGCAAAGGGUUUCCCUCCUGAUUUGAUCACUUACAACAUAUUUGUGCAUGGGCUUGCUAAAUUAGGCAACCUAGAAGAAGCAUGUGACUUAUUGCAAAAGAUGGUUCACAAUGGUUUUUUGCCGGAUCAUGUAACUUACACCAGUAUAAUCCAUGCUUUCUCAGAAACGGGCGAGCUCGGAAAAGCAAGAAAGCUGUUUAAAGAGAUGCUGAGCAAAGGAUUAGUACCUUCAGUUGUGACGUACACAGUGUUGAUCCAUGCCCAUGCCGGCGAGGGUGGGCUACAGGGGCUACAAAUGGCUGUUUCUUACUUCUUGGAGAUGCAAGUGAAGAAUAUUACCCCUAAUGUGAUCACCUACAAUGCUCUCAUCAAUGGUCAUUGCAGAGCGAGGAAGAUUGAUCAGGCUUACAAAUAUUUUGACUUAAUGGAGAGGAGAGGUAUCCUUCCUAACAAGUAUACCUAUACCAUAUUAAUAAAUGAAAACUGCAAUAGAGAAAAUUGGCAAAAAGCUCUGAGUUUAUACAUAGAAAUGUUAAGGAGAGACGUGCAGCCUGAUUUUGUCACCCACAGUGCUUUGAUGAAGAAAUUGAACCAAGACUACAAGCUGCAUGCAGUUCAAUUGCUGGAGGAUCUGAUUACAGAUAGUGCAGAAGUUGCUUCUGCAAUGACUUGAAGUUCUAUGCAGCAUCUUGAAUCUGAAGGCCUUGUAAGCUGCAGAUGUGCUAGUUCUUAAGCUUGCCACUUUGGUAAAUUCAAAGUGGUUUCAACCACGCAUGAAUUCCCUGAACAGUUCCACAAGUGGAACUUCUAGUACAUCAAGGUCAGAGACUAAACCUGCUGGUGUGGUUAUAUAUACAAGAUUCUUUCCCCCUUUAUGGGCAUAAAUAAUCUAUACGUGACCAGAUUUUGAAACUAUCUUCCAGUCAGAGGCUAAAAUAAUGAUAUUGCGGCAAUACUGAGCAUGAAGUUGAGAUCCAUAGCAUAAAGAUAUUGUAUUUUCCCAGGAGAUCCUAAAGCUGUGAAUAAUACGAUAUUCAGAGAUUUCUCAAUGGACGAUGUGGUUGCGAAAGACUCAUCAGUGAGGGACCGCUCGACCGACACGUCCUCCUCGUCCUCGGAAUCAACAGCCGCCUUCAUUUUCUCAAUCUCCUGUGCAAUCUCCGCCAUCUCAGGGCGCUUAUCUGGCGACUUGUCACAACACCGGAUUGCAAUCUGCAGCAACUGGAGCAUCCCGUGGGCAGCACUUCUCUGCACUGAUAUCUCAGAGUCAAAGAUCUCAGCAGUCCAUUCCUCUCUCACUGCCCGGUGGACCCAGCUGCAGAGAUCCACGCCUUUGACUCCUGGUGGGGCUGCAUUGGCGCAGACUCGGCCACUGAGUAGUUCGAUAAGCAUGCAACCGUAGCUCCAGACGUCAGUGUUCGGGUAGAUCCGUCGUGUAGUUUGGUAUUCAGGGGAUUUGAAGCAGACCAUGGAUUGCGCGGCGAUGGGGAGCGCGAUGAGAGAAGAGAGGCCGUAGUCAGAGACAAGGAUAAUGUUGUUUUGAUUGAGGAGGACAUUGGUCGAUUUGAGGUUCCCAUGGGGAAUGAUGUUAUUUGUUCUUGAGUUGGCGUGCAGGUGCUGUAGGGCUCGAGCCACACCUCGAGCAGCUGAUAGUCUGGAGUUCCACCUGAAUGGGACCCGUUCUUUGCUUCCCCUUCCACCUACAGUGAUGGUUUUUACUAGAUGAUAAUCACAGCAUGCACAAAGUGACACAAAGGAGCAUAUUUAUGCACAUUAAUUGUUGGAACUUCUAUAUUUUUCUAAUUCUUGGAGAGUGAGAUUAUGACAAUGUAAAAGAAAGAAAUCUCGAUCAUGAAGAAGUCUUAUUAAAAUGAAAAGGGAAUGGAUAGUAAUGGAUGGAGUGAAUCAGUGCGUAACCAACAUUCUCAUUCCCAGAUAGGAAGGCCUGGUUCGAUUGGAC